ACAGAGGAAGAGGCAGUAGAGACGGAGGGAAGAGAAGAAGAAUUUAACGGUUCCCGGUUGUUGAACCGCUCCAGUUUCCACGGUGUGUGUGACUCCACUACAAACUGUUUAGUCUUGGAUGCAUCACCGAUAUAAGAGGCUGUUAGCGGCUUCGUUCACCUAGCUAACAUACUGCGAUGUUUUUACAACGAGCAGCAAUGCGUUGACAACUUACACCUUAAAGGAUCAUCUCUACAACCAAAGAUCCAAAGUGAUGGAGGAGGGCUCUGAGGUGAUGGAGGAUAUUGUUUUUCGAGGAGUGGAGUUUGCAGUGAAGAUAGAACUGGACAAGGGUUUGUUGAUAGUUGAAAUCUCAGACUCGAUGACAGCAGAUCAGUGGAGGGGGGAAUUUGACCCACCAUAUAUUGAAGACCUCACACGCAAAACUGGCAACUUUAAGCAGUUUCCUAUUUUUUGUAGCAUGUUGGAAUCAGCCGUUAAAAAGACGAGUGAUUCUGUCACACUCGACCUCCUAACUUAUGCUGACCUGGAGCUGCUGCGUAACAGAAAAGCAGGAGUAGUCAGCCGUCCUCGAAGCCUCCAGCAGUCGUCAGCUCUCACAGCCAAACGAUACCUGAUCCUCAUUUACACUGUGGAGUUUGACAGGAUCCAUUACCCAUUGCCCCUACCUUACGUGGGGAAGCCUGACCCUGCUGCUCUGCAAAAGGAGAUCAGAGUUCUUAGGGCUGAGCUCAGCGCUCUCUCUUCUCAUGGAGUCAACAAACCUGCAGAACUGGAAAUACAGCGGCUGCGAGAAGAGCUGCUUCUCGUGAAGGAGGAGAAGGAGGCCAUGGCUAAGCUUCUAGAGCGGCUGCAGAUCGGAGGAAGUGGUUCAACACCCAGAGGUGAGGAGUGGAGGAUCAGAGAUGUGGUGAGGACGCUGGAGGAGCAGCUUGUGAAGGAGCGGACCAAAAACCAGCGUUCUGCAAGCAAAAGAAGCCAUGAGCAGCGACUCCUGGUGGAGCAGUUGGAGGAGCUGAGAGCUUCAGAGUGUGCACUCCGUGUUCGUGUCAAGAGUCUCACCAGUGAACUGGGCCUGCUACGGAGAGGGUUAGACAAUCUAAGCGUCAGAGUGACCCCUGUCUCCAGUCACAUGAGUUCUCGCCUCGAUGGGGAAGUCUAUCGCUCCCUGUCCCGUGACAGGAGGUCAGGAUACGGAAUGGUCAGAGCGCGCUCAGGGUCACGAGAGCGAAUAGAGGACAGAGUUCAAAGGUCAGAGGAGAGAGGCCGAAGAGCAGACUCAACAGGACCACGAGCUCGCAUACCGAGACCAUCACCCUCUCCCACUGGGUCACGGGGUCCACGUUUUGACCCGACUGCUUACAUCCAAGACAGACAGCGGCGACAGAAAGAAGCAGAACUCAAAAAACAGAGGAAGGUGCGGAGGGACAUGCUGACGUCUCCCGUUGUCCCUGAAAGGGGGCGUUCACGCUCCCGAGAGGCCCACCCCCAGAUGACCCGUCCUGGCAGCAGAGGCAGGAGUUUAUCUGUGGAGCGGAGGAGCAGGAACUCCUCCGAGAGCUCAUUAGUCGAUACAGAUGAAAUGACCAAAACCCUUUUUAGAGGAAGGAAACCAAUGUACAAUGGACCCAGUGUGUCUAGAGGAGGCCUUUUGUCCAGGAAGCCACUGUGUAGCACUCCAACACACAGAAUGAAUGACAAAGAGAGCUCCAUAGAUACAGGAGCAGAGCUGUCGGAGAUCGACGCCAGGCUGCAAGCGUUGCAGGAGUACAUGAGGGAUCUGGAUACAGGACACUAACACUGACCGCACAAAGACCUCAGGCCAUCGCAUUAUUAUUUUUUGUCCAUCAUGCUUCAUAUGUGUGCAAUGAAAUCGACUACUAUGUAAAUAUGGUCUAAUAAGACUAACAGGACACUCAACACCUCGCUGUGAAGGACACUCCACUAGUUUUUUUUUUUUUUUGGACUGACUUUUUUUUUUAUAUAAUAUACAAAUGUCUUAUUAAUUAACUUAAAAGAUAAUUGUUUAAUGAGUGUUUUUUUUAUCCCAGUCCAGUCAGUGUGGAUGUAAAAUCUGGCAGCACGAGAGUUUUACGGCACAUGAAGCUCUCUCUCUCUCUCUCUCUCACUAUUCUUUGCCUGUUCGCUGACAUCUUCCUCUGCUUUUCUGGUGUGAAUGCAGGUGUGUGAUGGUUCAUGUGUUACUACAGACUGUUAACCCUGCUGCUUCUAAUUCCCAGUGCAUGCUGGGAUAGAUUCCAGCUCCUUUACACAGAAAGGUGAGGCUAUAACUCACUCAAUAACUGUUACUCCUGUCAUCUAUUUUCUAUUUAUAUGCUCUAAUUUAAUUUUUUCCUGCUGUGUUUGAACUACACAUUCCUGCUGCUGUUUCACCUCUUACACAGCAUCCACAUGGUGUUCUGGAUUUUAGGUUUUUUUUUUUUUUUUUUUUUUAUCUUUGAGCCUUGAUGGACUUCAUUUCUUGGACCCUGAGAGAUACAGUGUUGGAAAAAAGUUUUAGGACACCCCAUGCAUUUGUGCUACAUACAUUAAGAAUCACUCUUAAAUCAUUGAACUCAUUGUGUCAUUGUCCAAACCCAUGUGUUCCCUUCUGCACAAGUUCAGUUCCAUCAAAGUCAAAACUGGAUGUUUCAGAAAAAUAAUGAAACACAUCCAGGGUGUGACAUGUUGAACUGUCAAGAAUUUUUUUUUUUCUUGCUAACAACAAAAACAGCCAUUAGCAUUUGUUUGUGUCUGUCUUAGGCAACCACACCUUUUAAAACACAUAAAAAGAUGUUUCCUCAAAUAUUUCAAUAUUGUGUAAUGUUAAGGAUGUCUGAGACCUUUUUUCCACUACUGUAUUCUAAAACCCAAAUAUAAAACUUGAAUCACAUGAAAUCAACAUUCGUAAAAGGGAACAAGAUUAAUGUCAACAGAUGAAAUUAUCCUGGAAUGUGGACCUACUGUAGUUUCUUCCUCUGUUUAGUGUCAGACUUUUUUUUUUUUUUUUUUUUUUGCCAUGAUGGUAAAACUGCCAAAUUUUUUAUGAAACUGUUAAGUGCACAAGCAAGACUGUUACUCCAGUUUUUACCUUUUCUAAUGCCUUUUCUAUCCCUAAAAUAUAAUUUAUACAAUGCCUC